AUGAAACCACAGCGUGAGCUCCUGCCCGCAGGCCCAGCGGCAGCCAGCGGCGCCUCUUCUGAGCGCGAGUCGACCCCGCAAUCUGUUACCGGCGGUCCUGGUGCUUCUUCUGCCCCAAGACGUCGUCCCCAGACCAAGAUUGCGUGCACAUCAUGCCGUCGGAGGAAGUCGAAAUGUGACGGCUUACGUCCCGUCUGCUCAUUAUGUGCAGGCAUAGGCCGCACCAAGUGCGAGUACGAUGCAGGGCCCGACGUCACACGCUUCGCCGCCCUCAAAUCCAAACACGAAGAACUGCAACAACGCGUCUCUCUAUUUGAGGAACUCUUCCACCUACUAUCUAUGCGCGACGACUCCGAAUCUGUCGAAAUCAUUCGUCGCAUACGCAACACAAAUAUUCAGACAGGCCUGGGCGACCUUGUCAAGUUUAUCAAAAACGCCGACCUAUUGAUCCAACUGGCCUCUACCAAGUCAGCAGAGUCCUCCCCGGCACCAGGAGCAGACGUUGGGCCCCACGGUUCCCUACUACUAGACGAAAUAUCGUCUCUGUUCGAAUCAUUGUGA